CUCAAACAAAAUCAAGAAUCAAAUUCAAAUGAUGCACUUCAGGUUUUUAAGCAUAAUUCUAGGGCUUCUCCUCGUUAUGGCUUCUGUACUUGCUCAUCAAGAUGACAAAGCUACUGGAAACGGGCUUCUGGCGAGUAGUCAAGGGUAUAUUGUUUCUUCUCGAGAGGAACUUGUUCACGGUGUUGCUAGCAUCAACAUGAGGAAACUGAGGCUACAAGGAAGGAAAAUGGCUGAACACAAAGUGUCUGGGGAAAAGUUUGAAAAGGAUGAUGAUGCUCAGCAAAGGAAGAACUCAGAGAUUUCAGGGAAAAGCUGUGAAGCUUCAAAGAAGUCUCUGGAAAGAUCUCACCACCGAGCUGAUGAUCAGAAAACGAAGACAUUAAACUCUGAGCCAGCUGCUGUUCUUCUCUCGAACUCUAAGCCAAUCCAAUCUCAAGAUUCCAAGACAUUGCGAACUAAAGCCAGCUUGAAGGGCUCUCCGAGGUCUGACAAUGAAGUCUCUCAAGAACUUGACGAUACCGAUGAUCAGACAGUUGACACACAAAGACUUCUAGUGGCUACUAAAGAGAUUGUUAACCUGAUGAACAAGGAUUAUCGAGGAAUGCCUCGUCGCAAGCCUCCAAUUAACAAUGAUGAACCUCGGCACUGAGUUAAUUUUUUUGCUCACAGUUUUGUCCCCUCAUAGGAUCGAAGUCCAUGAAGAAGUCCCUUAAACCUAAAUAGGAUAAGCAACUUUGUUUUUGUUUUGUUUUGUUUAAUUUUUUGUUUGUUUGGUCAUAAAGGCAUGCAUAGGAAUUAUGUUGUUUGUUUUUGUAACAAGACAGUUUAGGAUUAGUAGAACCAAAAUGUAAGGUUUGUACAUCAAGUGUGCCUUAGCUUCAUCAAAUAUGCCUU